AUGUUCGUUGUGAAUAUUCGUCUGCUCUCGCCGCUAACAACUCGGCUCUCUAUUCUUUACCUCGAUGUUCGGACAUCCUCAGAUGCCUCCAAGGGCUCAAAGCUUCCUGCCAAGGUCUUUAUCUACGGUGGAUCAAACACCGAUGGCGGAAUUAACGACUCCUUAUACAGUGGCUGCACCAGCGCGGAUGAUGGCGCAAUUCUCGUAUCGAUCAACUACAGAAUCGGACCCCUUGGCUUCAUGGCUCUGAACAGUGCUGAUAUCUAUGGCAACCAAGGAAUCAAAGAUAUCCUCCAUGUAUUGGAAUGUGUUCAAAAGAGCAUCUCUGCUUUGGUGGUGAUUCAGAAAAAAUCCUUUCGGACAGUCUGCUGGUGCUACCGACAUCCUACUCUCCUUCAAUCCUCGCGUCUUUUCAAGAGUGCCCUCGCGGAAUCGAUCGCUCUGCCCUCGCUUGAGUCCAGCUCGUCUCUGCAGCAGACUGGAGCGUCUUAUGCGCGCACUCUUAAAUGCAGUGUUGAUGAUAAAUCCUGCCUCCAGUCCAAGACUGUCGCCGAGUUGAAGAGCGCAUACGAUAAUGACAAGUUCAUAAAUACCGGAAUUGGGUCCGCCUCCAACCUCGGUGUCCCUUCUACAUUCUCGCACAAAUUCUCGCCUUAUGUGGACAGGGAUGUUAUCACUGAGAACCAUCAACGCGAAGGCAUGGACGCCCUGAGCAAGUAUAACUCUAUUAAGAAAAUCGCAUCCGCCGCUCCUGCAUAUCCCUUGUCCCUGUUCAAUUCCUCCGAGUCACCCGUGGUCGCCGCAAUAUCAACUGUUAUUACCGACGCCGAGUUCAGAUGCCCUGGAUACCAUAUGGCAGUGCUCGACAGGCGCAAGAACAUGCCCGCAUGGAUGUAUGAGUUCAUCCAAAACUCUACCUGCGUUUGGUUGAGCACUAUUGAACAAGAGUUCGCCUCGGCUUACGGCGCCUCUCAUACCGCGGAGCUUCCCUACGUCUGUGGCAAUCUACACUUUGAUUUUACCUGCAGAAACACUACUUGCACAGGUACCUCCGCCGAGUACGAUCUCAGCAAGCAGAUGAGGAGCUUGUGGACUGCCGUGGCUGAAAUUGGCAAGCCCUCAACGGAUGAUAUCACUUGGCCGGAGUUCCAGCUUUCUACGGAUGGGUCGGAAAGUCCUUCGAUGAUCUUCGGAAAUUCAAGUGUGCCUGGCUCUCUUGACUUUUCUGUUUUCUAG